UACAUUGUACGUAUUAUCAUUUGUAAAACGUUAGACCGUACUUUCUGCUAUGCAUGAGCGGCAUGGCCUUCAACACUACUUUGAUGUCUUCGAGACUGUGUUUGGCCUGAUCAUUUUGCUGGUCGGCAUGGGCCUUUGAUGGCACUCCUAUUUUGUUUUGCUCCUUCCCUCACCCGUCUUUUGAUGGUUCCAUGAAAGUUAACGAAAAAGAGGGAUGGGAAAGGAUAAUUUAGAAAACAUUGAUAUAACGCGGCAAAAGGGGAGACAAUUAGACAAAACACAUACACAGCCGCGAAAUUGCAAACCAACCAACUUAUUCACAGCUCAAUAUGGGUAUAAAGAUAAGAUAAGAUAAUAUAAUUUUUAUUGAUCCAAUGUAAUGGAAAUUCAGUUUGACUACAAUUGACAACCUCAGCGUAACUACUGUACAAAAACAGUAGUUCUACUUUCUGCGAUUUGAAAAGAAAAAAUAAAGCAGCUUCAUGAUUCUGAAAUGUUGACUCUACUUUCAUUGCUUCACCCAAAUAAGAAAAUCUGCAAUGGUUGUUACAUGGAUAUCAAUUCCACCCGACAGUCCAGUGAGAUCAACGCAAGCCCAUUGGGUGGUACAGAGAGUAACGAAAACUACCCUCCAACAGACCCUCCAAAACUUCGAUGUUGUUUUAGCAAAUCCAGGACUUCUCCACAAGCUGUUGAAACAGAAGCAGGGGUGGCCAGUGUGAAAUCAGCAAAAGGCAGUGAAACUGAUCUUCAGACAACUGAUACAUUAAUGUAUGGGGACAGUGCUAUGGACAAUAAGAAUGCAAGUGCUGAUCAUGCUCCAGCUGGACAUCAAGGACCAAAUCCUUACGCACCAUAUGCCCAGCAUCCCCCGCCACCGUCCCAACAGCAGUACACUUCCUACCAAAAUUCGGACACUCAGUACCAGUUGCCUCACCCACAGUACCAGCAGCCGAGGUAUAACCCUCCUCCUGGUUACAGCGUCCAGGAGGGUCACACUGUACCCUAUCAGAACCCCCAGACUCACAUCGUCUACGUCAUCCCACCUCAAGACCACGCAUACAUCAACAAUAGUGAAACCACCGUUGUGAUGCCCCAUGGUCAGCGUCAGGAAGCUCUCUAUGUACCUGGACAACAAAUAAUUAUUGUCAGCGUGAGAAAACUGGAAGAUCCACGGGAACGACAACGUAAGAGAAGACUUCAUUCUCUAGAAAGAUUUGGUGUAUUUGUGUUUAUACGAAAAGUCUACAGCAUUCUUAUGAUCCAGUUGAUCUUCACGUCAUUUGUUGUCGCUGCUGCUAUGUACAUCAAGCCAGUCAACACCUGGAUAGCUGCUAACUUUUACUGGAUUUACGUUUUUAUGUUCCUCUACCUUGCCUGUGGUAUACUUAUAUGUUGUCUUACUCCAUACAUGUUGACCACAAACUUCUUGAGUCUUCUAGUCCUAUUUACACUUACAGUGGCCUGGGCUGGAAUAUUGAGCUUCAUAGCUGUAACUAAGGCACACGAACCAAUGCUGAUCGCCACAGCCGCUACGACAGUGUGUGUUCUGGUGCUGACAUUCAUCGCCUUCUGUAGCAAGCAAGACUUCACUCAACUCUACUCCAUCAUUACAGUCUUCUUUAUCAUUGUCAUUCUCUUUGGCUUUUUGGCCGUAGCUCUACAUCAGCAAAUACCAAUUUUAAAACUUGUCUAUUCACUACUUGGAGCCCUAAUCAUGUGUUUUUACAUCAUAAUGGACACUCAGAUGAUAAUGGGAGGUAAACGUCACGAACUGGACACCAACAUGUACAUCUUUGGUGCUAUCAUGCUCUAUUUAGACAUCAUGAUGUUUUUCCUGUACAUCCUAGACAUCACGGACUCGAGCUGAGAAACAUAUUCAAGUCUCUAACUCACAAGUUCCAAUCAGAAAGAAAAAAUCUAGACAAGAAACAUUGAAGAACUAAAAUCUACCGGAAACUUGAAGAGGUCAACACAAAUCUAGACAAGAAACAUUGAAGAACUAAAAUCUACCGGAAACUUGAAGAGGUCAACACAAAUCUAGAAGAUGCGUUGAAUGUCCACAUGUUUGAAUAAAGCUUUAUAAAAACAA